CACGAGUUAACAUCUCCCUUUCAAUUCGAGUUUUGUUUUUUCUUUUCGGUUUUGUUAUUUUUCCUUCAUUUUUUCAAUUGGAAUCAAAAGUUAAAACCUCCCUUCAAAGGCAAAGAGGGUACUCUAGAUCGAUCUCUCUGAUAUAUGGUUGCCUCUUUUUCACCUUUAUGAUGCUCUUUUUUCACUUCAAUGGCGAGGAAGCCAAGAAAACUCUUCCCUGCACUAUCUUCAACGGACCAAAAUGGAGAUUGUGAACUUUAUAACUGCGAACCUUUCCCAGAUUACUACUACUUCCCACCACUACCUCCUCCUCCAUCUCCCUCAGCUUCCCAUCACUCAAAAUCACUCCAACUCUCACCUUACCUCAUCAUCUCACUUUCCCUCUUAGCCUGCGUUCUUCUUCUUGUUAGUUACUACGUUUUCAUAGCAAGGUCCUUUCCGAGUUGGUGCAGGUGGAGAAAUAAUGGAGCGGCGGCACCCUCCCAAUCGGACGGCACAGAUCAAGAGUUUCUCGACGAGACUACUGAUCAGGCUGAUCACCCCAUCUGGUUCAUCACAACUGUUGGUCUGCAACAGUCAGUUAUAAGUUCGAUUACUGUUUGCAAGUACAAGAAGGAUGAAGGGUUGAUUGAAGGGACGGAGUGUUCUGUAUGUUUGAACGAGUUUCAGGAAGACGAGACGCUUAGGCUCUUGCCUAAGUGCAAUCAUGCCUUUCAUCUUCCUUGCGUUGAUACUUGGUUGAGGUCUCACACCAACUGUCCUUUGUGCCGUGCCAAUAUUGUGAAUGAAACUGUGACUCUAGACAUUGUUGGGCAUCCUACGGCUUCAGCAGAUCAGAAUCUAAAUAAUUUGGAUAUAAACGAAGAGACCCAAAUGACGAACUCGGGCAAUGAUGUUGAAUUGCAUGAUUAUCAGGUAAGAAAUCGUGAGAUGUCUGAGAACCGGGCUGGAUUGACAGCAGAAGAAGGUGAAAUACAACGUGUUAAUGGUGAAAGUAUACCAAAAGCGGGUGUGAAUUGCAGUGGAAAUCAUGCUUUCCGGGUAGUCGAUGAUGCAACGGAUAACUGUAAGGAUCUGGAAAAUGGCAUACAGGUGAGAAGGUCAGUUUCAAUGGGUUCUUGGCGAGCUGCAGCUAAUUUUUAUCGUGCUAAAUCUGAAGGGAGCUCGAUUAUCAAUCAAAUUGAGGAUGCUGAAAGGUCCCAUCUGCAUAUUAUACAGAAGAAAGUUGCUCGAAGUUAGAAAUUUGAGAUUCUGGGAUCGAUGUCCUAUAUGCUCUCAACAGGCUGGGGGAAGUAAAAACGAAGCUAUUAGGAAAAAGAGGCGAGUUCUUGCGAGAAGUAGUCUGCUGCGUUUAGGUGCUGCAGAUUCAAAUUCUGAAGAUGAGAGGAAGAAGACUUUCUGUAUCACAAAUGUGAAUGCAGAAUAGAACUGAUGCCUCAAGAGGUAAAAGGGUAUCACUUCCGUUUGCAAGUACUCUGUAAUUGUUGCUGCCAUUUCGGUUUACUUCAUUCUGUUUCUGCAAAGGGGUUCACCAAUUGAUGAUUUUGGGUUUGGCGUCUUCCAUUCAACGAUAAAAGGUUGUCACUUCAAUUUGCAAGUAGAUACUUUGUCAUUGAUGCUAUCCAUCGGUUUGUUUGCUAUAUUUCUGCAAAGGAGUACUACAAUUGAUUUUGGCUUUUGGCUUAUUCAAUGAUAAAGGAUCUAUGAAAAUAUUUUUAAUUUCUGCA